UUAUCUUCAUUUUUGUACCAAAUGGAGAAGGGAUUUGCAAAUAUAGAUGGGCUUAUCUGGGUUUAACUGUGGUGUUAGCCUGUCUCUAUGUUACUUGGGUUGUCAUUUUAAGAAUGAAAACCCCAUUGGUGGUGAACAUUGUGUUUGCAGUAAUAACGAAUAUUUUGAUGUCGGUAUUUUGUGGCAUGGUGACAACGUGUUUUGACGUGAAAUGGUGUCUAACUUCACUUGCAUUGGCCACAGUGUUCGCCGUUUUGAUAUUUCUGGCAGCUAUAUAUAUGAAGUCAUUCACACUGCUGAACUAUAAAUUCUUAUUUAUCUGUUCGGGAAUACUGGGAGCAAUUUGUAUCGUUCUUAUUAUUUCCUCAGCACUCCGAUUUCCUUUGAAGAUAACUGCUCCGUUGUUUGCAUGUGUAAUCUUGUUGCUUGCAGUAUUCAUCUUUACAAUUGUGCAAUUGAUAUGGGACGAGAAAACAAAAGUCACACAAGGUGGAAGCAUUUUCUUUGCAAGUA